AUAAGCUGAAUGCAGGUGCUAUAAGUGCAAUAAGUAAACAGGUUAAUGUUAGUUUUACCGUUGAUAUCAACAUGACUAAUGAUACUCUUAAUAAAAGGGUGUAUAUCAAUAAAGUUCCGUCCGAUGCAGGUCCAGCAAGUUUUGAGACUGCAAUAUCGGCAACAGGAUUUGGAAGAUACAACUUACUUCUGAUUUUAGUUAUUUUCCCUGCGGGUUGGUCAAACAGUUUUGAAAGCUCUACAAUGUCGUACGUAUUUCCAGCAGCUCAGUGUGAUCUCGACUUGAGUUUAGAAGAUAAAGGAUUACUAAACGCCAUUACCUACUUGGGAAUGAUUUCAAGUGGUGUAAUAUGGGGGUUCUUGUUCGACACCCUAGGUCGAAGGAAACUAUUAAUGAUUGGUUACUUCCUGGAUUUUCUCUGUGUUUUAGUGAGCGCAUUUUCCCAAACCAAGGCAAUGCUAAUCACGGCCAAAUUCUUUGGAGGGUUUAUAAUUAAUGGACCGUACUCAGCUCUUUCAACGUACGUUUCUGAAUUUCAUAGUGCUAAAAACAGAGGACGAAUGCAGUUAUUCAUUGCAAUAGUUUUUUGUUGGGGUGGUAUUGCAUUUCCUUGGUUAUCGUGGGGCAUUUUAUCGAAUAAUAUACAUUUUUCAAUUUUCAACGACAGCCUUAGAUUUUAUUCAUGGAACAUUUUACUUCUGAUAUGUUGCCUUCCACCUAUCAUAAGCGCAAUUGCUUUUGCAUUUAUGCCUGAAAGUCCAAAAUUUCUAAUGACGGUAGGAGAAAACGAAAAAGCUUUGGCACUGUUUCAAAAAAUGUACUCGAUUAAUAAAAGACAACCACCUGAAACUUUUCCUAUCAAGCAACUUGUUAAUGAAACAGAGCUGAAGAAAACCAGUCCCAAUCAACACGGUGGACAAGUUACAGCUAAACGAAGUCAGAUUGAAGCUCUCAGGGAAGGGUGGCAACAAAUAAGACCUUUGUUUUUUCCACCGUUUUUAUUACUUUUGCUUUUAAUCUGUUCGAUACAAGCACUAUUUACAAUGAGCGUAAAUACUUUUCGGCUAUGGCUGCCACAAAUUUUUCAAGCUCUAAAUGAUUAUCAGUAUUACUAUGACGUCUCAUCCGUUGAUCUCUGCAAAAGUUUAGAACUAAUUCGACCUUCGAACCAAACAGAUUGCGAAUUUAACGUGGACAACGCUUCGGUUUAUCUCAAUUCGAUGAUAGUCAAUAUUACCGUUAUGUUAUGCGAAAUUCUUACUGCUUGUUUAAUCAAUAGUAUAAACAAGAAAACCUUAUUAUUUGUGCUAGGCGUAUUUGCUGGAGGAUGUCUUUUUAUUCUUUAUUUUUCUGUUAACACAACAUUUGCUGUUUCUUUUGCAGCACUAUUUACGGGUUUAUCUACAUCUGCUGCCAACGUCGUAGUGAUUGUAAAUAUUGCGUUAUUCCCAACAACAUUGAGAACUAUGUCACUUGCUACAGCUUUAAUGUGUGGUAGAAUAGGGUCUAUGAUUGGAAAUUUAGUAUUUCCACUACUUAUUCAAGCCGGUUGUGCACCACCUUUCUUUACAAUUGGAUCUCUCGCAAUAGUUUCAUCUUUCGUCUCCUUAUUGCUGCCCAAUUCUGACAUGAAAGAGUUGAUUUAAAAAUCAUAUCUUGCACGAACCAACAUUUGUCAUACCAAAAUUGAAUCAGCGACAAAAAUUCCAAGGAUACCAAGCAAGAAAUACAUAAGGGAGAGUACAACGUAAAAUUGUGCGUGUUUUUGGAACACGGUUUUAUGAUUUCAUCCGGUGAUAUUUUGGAAGCGUCGACAAGCUCUAAUGUCAUAAAAUUGUUAAUUUUCUCCCAAGUUUUCUGAUAAUAAAAUGUUGGAUUUGUUAUAAUUUAAUAAGUUUGCAAAAUACUGAUUUAACUAAACUUUACCAGUUAUUUGCGCAAUGGUACCUACUCAAUAUCAUUUCGAAUGAAGUGUCAUCUCGAUCGUUUGUGUAGUCAACACUGGCAUAAAUAAUCUGAAUUAUCUAAACAAAUAAAGUAAUAUCAUCU